UCGGGAUGUAAUAAGCGUGUCAGAGGCGGAAGUGAAGAAAGCUUUCAUCAUCUUCCGGGUUGAUUUCGGGUCACAGAGGAGCCAAGAUGGCGACGCACAUGUCGAGGUGCAGAACCUGGAGUCGUGUUCAAAGGUUUGGGAUUGCAGCUUACAGAAAGUACAGCAGUGGUGGUGCAUAUCCAAACAUCUCCCUCUCUACACCACUGCCUGGGAUCCCCAAGCCAGUGUUUGCAUCUGUGGAUGGUCAGGAAAAAUAUGAGACCAAGAUCACUACUCUAGAAAAUGGCCUCAAAGUAGCUUCUCAAAACAAGUUUGGUCAAUUCUGCACAGUUGGAAUUUUAGUAAAUUCUGGAUCCAGACAUGAAACAAAGUACCCAAGUGGAAUAGCACACUUCUUAGAGAAACUCGCCUUUUCUUCCACAGCUCAGUAUGGGAGUAAAGAUGAAAUUCUCCUCACAUUGGAAAAACAUGGGGGGAUCUGUGAUUGCCAGACGUCAAGAGAUACCACCAUGUACGCAGUGUCUGCUGAAGUGAAGGGGCUGGACACAGUGGUCAGUCUUCUCUCUGAUGCUGUUCUGCAGCCUCGCCUGCUGGAUGAAGAGAUCGAGAUGACCAAAAUGGCGGUGCGCUUUGAGUUGGAAGAUCUAAACAUGAGGCCAGACCCUGAGCCCUUACUCACUGAGAUGAUCCAUGCUGCUGCAUAUCGAGGCAACACAGUUGGGCUGCCACGCUUUUGUCCUGCAGAUAAUGUGGACAAGAUUGACAGGGGAGUUCUGCACAGCUACCUGUGUAACUACUACUGUCCUGAGCGGAUGGUGCUGGCUGGAGUGGGCAUCGAACACGAGCAGCUGGUUGAAUGUGCCAGGAAGUACCUGCUGAAUGCGAAGCCGGUGUGGGGAACGAGUUCAGGAGGCACCGUGGACCUCUCUGUCGCACAGUACACCGGUGGCAUCAUCAAGAUGGAGAAGGACAUGUCAGAUGUGAGCCUUGGCCCCACCCCGAUCCCAGAGCUCACCCACAUCAUGAUCGGCCUGGAGAGCUGCUCCUUCCUGGAGGAUGACUUCAUCCCAUUCGCAGUGCUCAAUAUGAUGAUGGGUGGUGGUGGUUCCUUUUCUGCAGGAGGACCAGGGAAAGGCAUGUUCACCCGUCUGUACCUGAACGUGCUCAACAGACAUCACUGGAUGUACAAUGCCACGUCCUACCACCAUAGCUAUGAAGACAGUGGUCUGCUGUGUAUCCAUGCCAGUGCAGACCCCAGACAGGUGCGGGAAAUGGUGGAGAUAAUAACCAGAGAGUUCAUUCAGAUGGCUGGCAGUGCGGGAGAGAUGGAGCUGGAGAGGGCCAAGACUCAGCUCAAGUCCAUGUUGAUGAUGAACCUCGAGUCGCGGCCGGUUAUUUUCGAAGAUGUUGGUCGUCAGGUUCUUUCCACAGGAAAGAGAAAGCUGCCACAUGAACUUUGUAAUUUAAUAAGCAGCGUGACAGCCAGUGACAUUAAGAGAGUGACCACCAAGAUGCUGCGCAGUAAGCCCGCAGUAGCAGCUCUAGGAGACCUGACAGAGCUGCCCUCGUAUGAACACAUCCAGGCCGCCCUGUCCAGCAAAGACGGACGUCUGCCCCGCAUGUAUCGCCUCUUCCGAUAGACCGCCAUGGACAUCAAGCCGGUCAUCAGAGGCAAAAAUCACUGUAAAUUAACUGGACUGGAAAGUUUCGCUAGUGUUCCCUCUCACCACAGAACUCGACACCGCUCACUCUGGGAGGGGACUGAUACCUGGGCUCUCUCUCUCUAUGCGUGGGGAUUUUAACGAAAUGUUGCAUUUUACUCUUCAGUAACGUUAGUCUGCAUACAGUUGGAGCACCUGUAUUUAUUGUUUGCGAUCAGAAAGCCAUAUUUCAUUAUGUACUGGGAUGGUUAGCAGGAGUUUGGCUUUACAGGGACGAAUCAACCCCGAAGCCAAAAUUAAACUGUUAAUUUCCCCAUUUCAGAAACUCCAGUAUCAGCCUUCUGUUAUGUUUAUGAAUGAUUGACAUUACAAUGUGAAGUUUUCUUCAGAGUACAUCAACGUGUAGACAAGCAGAAGGGGACAGCUAACGUCCCCAGCACUCAGUUAUUUUGUACUUUGCCUCAAGGCUCUGAAAUUCAGAGCUCCGUGUUGAACUUUCUCCUUUUCCAGAGUGAAUGGAUUAAAAAAAAAAAUCUUUAAAAAUUGUACUAUUUAUACAAGAGCACUUCAUAAUGUCCCUUUACAGGCACAGGCGACACGAUGGAGCGGUGGUGAUUAAGAAAGUAAUCCUUGGAAAUAUUGAGAUGUAUGUGACAAACUUAGAACUGGAUCCAAUUUGUCCUCAAGACUGAAAUCAUGGAUUCUGUCAUCAUUGUGUCUCUGAUGUACUUUAAAGAGAUAGAACUCUAAAGUGAAAACCUUAACUUUGUUUUGUGUAUUUGUGGUUGUGUCGAUGUCCUUGUAAAUUAAAAAAAUAAAAUAAUUAACACAAAUUAAAUUAAAGGAAGAAUGCAACAUUCUGGAAACACUCAUUUGCUCUAUGGCAUAGUUGAAUAAGAAGAUCAAUACAUUCUUCAAAUAUCAAAGUGAGGUCAAUCAUCUCAUCCAACACUGCCAGAGAGCAAAUAAACAUUUCCAGAAUGUUGUACUGUUCCUUUAAGAGACAAGUUUCCUCGGUGUUCAGGUGAAUUUCAAGGCUUACAUUUUCUAAACUAAAUUUUACUGGAACUUCAUUGGCUUCUGACUAAAGUGAAUAUACAAUAAACUCUGUUAACAUCUGUGUACCAACUUGUUAAUAAAUGUUAUUUCUUCCAUAAA